AGCUACGAACAUUACCAGGACUCACUAUGAUCACCAUGCUCACAGUGCUGCUGUAUCUUGGGCUUAUUGUGGAACACAGGACUGCAGUAGAGGCAGGACUCCUCCCAAAGCCCAUCAUCUGGGCUGAGCCAGGCUCUGUGAUUGCCAUGUAUAAACCUGUGAUUAUCUGGUGUCAGGGGUCCUGGGAGACCCAGGAGUAUUCUCUGCAUAAAGAGAGAAGUGUGAAUACUUGGGACAAUCAAUUCCCUCUAGAAACUACGAAUAAGGCGAAGUUCAACAUUGAAUUCAUGACAGAAACUUAUGCAGACAUAUAUAAGUGUUCCUAUAAGAGUGCUGCUGGAUUUUCAGAGCAUAGUGAUGCCAUGGAGCUGGUGAUGACAGGAGCCUAUGAAAAUCCCAGCCUGUCAGUCUGGCCAAGCCUUGAUGUGACCUCUGGAGUUUCCAUAGCCUUUAAGUGUAGCUCAUCCUUAGGAUUUGGCAGAUUCAUUCUCAUCCAGGAAGGAAAAUAUAACCUCUCAUGGACCCUGGACUCAAAGCAAAAUGAUAGUCAUUCAUUCUACGCUACUUUUGUUCUGGAUGCUGUUACUCCCAACCACAAUGGAACCUUCAGAUGCUAUGGCUAUUUUAGGAAUGAACCCCAGGUGUGGUCAAAAUCAAGUAACCCUCUUGACCUCAUGGUCUCAGAAACCAAGGACCUGUCCUCUACACCCAUUGAAGAUGGACUGGAAACAUACCAGAAGAUUUUGACUGGAGUCUUGGUGUCAUUCCUCCUGCUUUUCUUCCUCCUGCUUCUUCUCAUCCUCUUCCGAUACUGGUGUAGUUGCAAAAAGAAGAAGGCUUCUCAAAGAGAAGCCAACUUUCAAAUGCUUUCAGGGGCACCAGACCCAACACACAGAGAUAGACUUCACCAGAAGAGCUCCAGCCCAGAUGCUACCAUCAAUGAAAAACACCUGUAUGCUUCUGUUAAGAACACACAAUCUGAGGACAAUACAGAGCUGAACAGUUGGAACCCACCUGAUGAAGACCCCCAAGGAAUUGUGUAUGCCCAAGUGAAACCCUCCAGGCUUCGAAAGGAUACUGCAUCCAAAGAGACCCAGGUUGUAACCUAUGCUCAGUUGUGCAGCAAGACUUAGGAACAGGACAACAGCUGAGGCCAACAAGCAGCCAACACAAGAAGAAGACCCAGAUCCCACAUUCCAUGAAUGAAAACUAAGGAUUUUCUAAGAUAGUAUUUGUUCCCAGUGAACUCUGUUAAAUUAAUGCCAGCCAUCAUGAAUACCUCAUGUGUCAUCAGAAGCUUCUCAGAAUUUUGGGAAUAUGCAUUAUUCUUUGUUCUGAGAUAACAAAUGUCCUUAUGUUUUGUAAAUAAAGCCAAAUCCUUCUCAAUAAACAGUUUAUGAAAUGAGAAACAAAUGAA